UUCGCACCCCCGCCGCGCCGCCCCCCAAACCCUAGACGCCGCCGCCGCCGCCGCCAUGGUCGCCUUCAACCGCCCCCUCGUUUCCGUGAAGGCCCUGGAGGGCGACAUGGCCGUCGACGCCGCGGGCAUCCCCUUCCCGGCGGUCCUCAGCGCGCCGAUCCGCCCCGACGUCGUCAGGUUCACCCACAAGCUGCUGUCCUGCAACAAGCGCCAGCCCUACGCCGUCUCCCGCCGCGCCGGCCACCAGACGUCGGCGGAGUCCUGGGGCACGGGGCGCGCCGUGUCGCGUAUCCCCCGCGUCCCCGGCGGCGGCACCCACCGUGCCGGCCAGGGAGCCUUCGGCAACAUGUGCCGCGGCGGCCGCAUGUUCGCGCCCACCAAGCCCUGGCGCAAGUGGCACCGCCGCGUCAACGUCAACCUGCGCCGCGUCUCCGUCGCCUCGGCGCUCGCCGCCACCGCCGUCCCGGCCCUCGUCCAGGCGCGCGGCCACCGCAUCGAGGCCGUCCCCGAGCUGCCCCUGGUCAUCUCCGACUCCGCCGAGUCCAUCGAGAAGACCUCCCAGGGCAUCAAGAUCCUCAAGCAGGUCGGCGCCUACGCCGACGCCGAGAAGGCCAAGGAGUCGGUCGGCAUCCGCCCCGGCAAGGGUAAGAUGCGCAACCGCCGCUACAUCAACCGCAAGGGCCCGCUCAUCGUCUAUGACACCCAGGGCUCUAAGAUCGUCAAGGCCUUCCGCAACCUCCCUGGUGUGGAUGUCGCCAACGUCGAGCGCCUCAACCUGCUCGACCUCGCCCCCGGUGGCCACCUCGGGCGCUUUGUGAUCUGGACCGAGAGCGCGUUCAAGAAGCUUGAGGAGGUAUAUGGAACCUUCGAGGCCCCGUCGCAGAAGAAGAAGGGCUUCGUGCUGCCGAGGCCUAAGAUGACCAACGCAGACCUGGGCAGGAUCAUCAACUCUGACGAGGUCCAGUCUGUGGUGAAGCCACUCAACAAGGAGGUGAAGCGCAGGGAGAAGAGGAAGAACCCGCUCAAGAACAUGUCUGCUGUGCUCAAGCUCAACCCCUACCUCGGCACUGCCCGAAAGAUGGCCACCCUCGCUGAGGCUGCCCGCGUCAAGGCCAGGAAGGAGAAGCUUGACUCCAAGAGGGCCAAGCUUAGCCCGGAGGAGGCUGCCAAGGUCAAGGCUGCUGGAAAGGCAUGGUACAAGACCAUGGUCUCAGACAGUGACUACACCGAGUUUGAGAACUUCUCAAAGUGGCUCGGCGUGACGCAGUGAGCGUGUAUUAUCUAGUUAUCAGUUUUGAGUAGUAGUGUUGCUGAACUUAUCUAGAGGGUUUAUCGUUCUGUUUUAUCCUGCAUCAUCAUAAGAAUUUACGGACCUGUGGGAUUUUGAGACAAGUCAUGUCCAUUUUGUUAAUGCGUUGCCAUGAGAACAUAGAGUAUGAGCAGCUUCAAACCAGUUACCUAAAGUAUGCUUGUGAUUUGUGCACUUGAUGGUGUUCUCUGAUUGGGUUCACUUUCGCAAGUGUGCAAGUGCUGUUGUGCAG